AGAGAAAAUCUGAGUUCCCUUUCAACGACAUACAUACAGAGAGAGAGAGAGAGAGAUUAAACAUUUCUCCCCUUUCAAAUUUUGAAUUUCAAGAGACGUUUUAUUGACGACGAAGCAAAAACACUUUCCUCAGAAAAAUAAAAAUAAAAGCUUUAAUUUUGUUUGUUCAUCUUGAAGCUAAAAAAUGGGUGAAUCUGCAGUUCUAGCUCAUUCAUAUUCCUUCGCAGCUCCUAUAACCCGCACCGAUUCUCAUGAGGAUCACACGAACCAUGCGCUUAGCCAAUCAAUCUCGUUUGGGAAGUUCAUGACGGAGAAUCUUGAGUGGGGCAAGUGGUCAACGUUUUCGCACAAGAAGUAUGUAGAAGAAGCAGAGAAGUACUCUCGUCCUGGCUCCGUCGCUCAGAAGAAAGCCUUCUUCGAAGCUCAUUACAAGAGAAUAGCCGAAGCCAAGAAAGCUGCAACGGAAGAGCAACCUACCGUAACGCCUGCUGAGGUUUUGCUUCAGGCUUUGGAGACGCAGCCUCCGUUGAGUUUGUUACCGGAGGAAGAAUCAACCACCGAGAGGAAAAGUAUUCAAAACGACGACGUUCUUGCUGGUGCUGUGGAUGAUGAAAUGGAAGAAGAGAUGGAGAAUGGUUUGGUUGAUGAGUGUGAUGACAAGGAGCAAGAUGAAGAGUUGUUGAAAGAGGAGAAAACUAGGAGAUCGAUGACCAAGAACAGACCGGUGUUUAGAUUGUCUCUGGAGAAAACAAUCCCCCCUCCUAAACCUAUAGAUACAAGGACAGAGAUUGCUACUACACCAGAGAAAACAAGCGAAAGACCGAUAACUCAAAUCUCAGGGAAGACUGAAGAGAAACCAGUUCACCGCAAGAAAUUCAGUUUCUUCAACUGUUUCAGGGGUGGUGCUAAAACUCGAGAUCAGAAUCAUAGCAGGAAGAAGGGAAAGAGGGAGACAAAGAAACAGAAGAAGCAGUUUCUCUGUCUUUGUUUCAAGCCCAAAACUGUAAGAAGGGAAUCUUAAAGAAAGCCUAAAGAAGCUUAAAGAAAAUAACGUUGAAGAAACUCUUUGGGAAACAAAGACACUACACACAAGUCUUGCACAUGGCGAAUGGAAGAAUAAAAGAGAUCGAUCUUAGGGUUCUCAAAAACUCAGAUCGUUCGAUCAAGCUACUACUUAGUGAUUAAACACAAACUAUUUCGUUAUUACGUAGAUGUCAACGAGUAUGCUUUUUUUUCACCAGUUUAUGAAGAGAGACUCGAGUACAAUAGGAAAAAAAAAACUGGAAGUAGCUUCUUUUGUUUCAUGUACUAUGUAAUGAAGAACAAGUCCAGUUUCUUGAUUUGAUCUGAAUCUUGUUCUUUGAA